AUGGCCUGGUUUUCAAGGCCAACAUGGCAACAGGAUCCAGAAGAGUGGCCUCUCAUUGCACCUUUGCCUUCUUACGGGCGCGGAAGGGAAAGAUUAGGACCGCGCCACAUUAGCCUCAUACAUGGGCAAGAUCUAAAUGAUGUUGUUAUUACUGGUAGCAAUGGGACCAUUGAUGGCCAAGGCCGGAUGUGGUGGGAGCUAUGGUGGAACCGGACUUUGAACCACACAAGAGGUCAUCUCAUCGAGCUCGUGAAUUCAACCAACGUCCUGAUCUCCAAUGUCACCCUACGCAACUCCCCAUUUUGGACAGUGCAUCCGGUCUAUUGCAGAAACGUGGUGAUAAAGGAUUUGACUAUACUAGCUCCCCUGAAUGCUCCAAACACUGAUGGCAUUGAUCCAGACUCAAGUUCAGAAGUUUGUAUCGAGGACUGCUAUAUCGAAAGUGGAGAUGACCUGGUUGCUGUCAAGAGUGGUUGGGAUCAGUAUGGGAUAUCUGUAGGCAAACCCAGCUCAAACAUUAUCAUCCAGCGGGUUUCAGGCACCACACCUACGUGCUCCGGUGUGGGUUUCGGAAGUGAGAUGUCGGGUGGGAUAUCAAACGUGCUUGUCCGCGACCUGCACAUAUGGAACUCUGCUUCCGCGGUGAGGCUAAAGACCGAUGUGGGGCGUGGCGGGUACAUAACCAACAUCACCAUCGCCAAUGUGACGAUGGAGAAGGUCAAGGUGCCAAUAAGGUUCAGCCGGGGUUCAGAUGACCACUCGGACGACAAGUAUGACCGAACAGCGCUACCGAUGAUCAGUGACAUUCAUAUUGUUGACAUUGUUGGUGUGGAUGUGCAGCGCGCACCGAUGCUGGAGGCGGUGCACGGCGCGGUUUACGAGGGGAUAUGCUUCAGAAACGUUAGCCUGACAGCGAUAAGGCGUCAGAUACGGUGGCAAUGCGAAUCUGUGUACGGAGAGGCGCAUGAAGUUUUCCCUGCACCUUGUGAAGAAUUGAGGAAUAAUGGAUCUUCUUCUUCUUGGUGUGGCCUUCCCUGA